AUGGAAGAAGAAUCGAAAGAGGACAAAGCGGAAAAGGAUGACGAAGAGGACGAAAUGGCCAACUUCCUGGAAGGGAUUGAGCAGAUCGACGAGGCAAAGAGCAAGGAGGCGACGAACGAGACGGCCCCUGAACCAGAGAAGGCCAUGCAGGAAGACACCAGCAUGGAAGUGGAUGCGGGUAUCGAGGAGCCGGCAGACGCAGAUGCGGAGCCUGCGAAACCUGUGGUGCAGGAGGAUGGGAAGGACGAGCCCAAGGAAGCCAACGCAGUGCCUGAUCCCACCGAGGAUGAGGACAUGACUGCCUUUUUGCAGGGCAUCGAGCAGAUUGAGGAGCAGAAACCAGAUGAUGCAGACAGAUCUUCCGACGGAAAGGCAGACGACUCGACUGUGCUGGAGUCGGGCGAAGGCACGCCCUGCGGAACCGAGGGCGGUGCCACGGAAAGCGCUGAGGACGACUUUGCGGCCUUCCUGGGUGCCUUGGACGAUAUGGAGGAGAAGAAGGAUGGCAAGGCUGAAGAGGAGGCAGCAGAUGAAGGAGACGGCUUGGACGAUUUGCCGGCCGUGGAAAUCAAGCGACGCUUGCGUGCUGAAGGUGUCGCGAUUCCCAAGGGCCCAGAAGACAAGGAGGAGCUGGUUACACUGCUCCGAGAGACGUUGAACAAGCCCAAGGGCGAUGCGUUCAUGGAUUUCCUGAGUGAAAUUGACAAGAUCCAGCCGGCUGCCGACGUCGAGAUGAAGGAAGCUGCGCCAGAGGAGUCCGCGUUUGCAGACUUCUUGAAGGAGAUAGAUGGGAUGCCUACAGCGGAGGCCACCCCUGCACCUCCGAAGAGGACGGAACGCCCUCUCACUGUUCGCUACGACGCCGACGGUCGGAAGUGGGUUGUCUUUGUGGGCCCUGACAAAGAGCUCGAGGAGUUCCCGGCACAAGCGAGCCCUGUCCGAGCGCGCAGACAGGCCCUGGAUUUCUGCCGCACGACUUUGCUCGAGAUGGAGAAGCGGGGCGAGGUAGACAAACUGGAGGACGAGGCCCACAAAUCAGAGCUCGUGAAGAUCCUGGAGGAGAUUAAGGCACGUCCCAGCGGCAAAACUCUGCUUCGAGGUCUGGAUUUCAACUGCCUGCACUUGCUCGUCCAGUAUGCCAACGGCAAGAGCUCCUUCCACUGGCCGGUGAAAGUUCGACAAGCCUUGGGGAAUCGUCAUGCUCAAAGCUACACCGCCGAGGUCGAGCAGAAGUUUGAGCUUCAUCGUCCGAUCCAUCCUUUCCAACUUGCUUGGCGCGUUUGUCUCGACCGAAGUGCUGGCAUGAGCACUUUCGGCACAGGCAACUUCCGGAAUCCGGCGGGCCUGGUCGUGUCCUGCCCAUCGAGGAAAUCCUAUGUCCGUUUGCAGAAGCACCAGGCCAAACAGGCCAUCGAAAUCGCAGCAGCGCAGCGAAAGCUUCAGCAGGAGCAGCAGCAGCGAUUGGAGGACCUCCUUGCCACAGCGAGUGGUGAGGAAGAGAUCGCAGCCAUCACCAAGAAGGUGGCGGCCGAGACGAAAGCUGCCCUAGCGGCCCAAGAAGGGCAGCUUUGCAGUUACACUCGAUUUACAAGGCGGCUUGAGCGCCUUGCCGUCUUCGCGGGCGCACAGGGUCGAGAGGACAACAGUAGCCAGGUCCAACUGGAGGGUCUUACGGUGCUUCCAAACGUGGACGGGUCCAACGCCCUGCCUGUGUUGCUGCUGCUGGCUUUCUUCCGUCCCCGGACAUGCGGCGGCAUCUUCUCUGGAGGCUGCUCCGCACUUUGCGACCUGGAUUCACUGCAGGUCCGGGCCAUUUCUCUCUUCGGGCGCUCUGAGGAGUCACGAUGGGUGUUGCCAAUCACCGGCCGGCAGAAGCUGAGCCUUGACGACCUGCAGCACGUCAACACCCUGCGGCAAGCCGUGUCUACUGCGUUCGAGGUGGAUGACGAUGCGGCAGGCAAAGAGCAGGGAAAGGACAGAAAAGACUCCGCAAAGCCCGGAGCCAGACCUCGCGGCCGACGCAUCUACAUCAAGGAGGACGCUGAGACCACUCGAGCUCUAGGCCUCUUGCUCGGCUCUGUUGGAGGAGGUAGAUGUCCCUUCGAUGUCGAGGAGACCCCUUCCUCCUCAUCCGAUGCCAAGGGCAAAGCUGGUGGCUCCACGGGCUCGCGUGCUACCAACGCGGUCGAAGCAGCGAAGGAGGACGCCUCCAAGCCGUCCAAGGAUGUGUCGGCCGAUGGCAAGAAGGCCCGACUUCUGGGCGACGUGUGGAUUGACAUCGCUGAGGAUGGUGCAGCCGAGGAAGCCCUGGGGGAGCGCGAUUUCCUCCGCGAUCCGGCGCCGGGUGGAGCAGCUUCUGGUGUCUUCCUUUCCUUCGAAGACCUGGGCCAAGCCGGCCAGUUUGGAAAGGAUGGUUCCGUUCCUGCACGCUCACAGAAUGGCUUGGGUCUGCAGGUCGGAAGAGGUAUGAGGAAGCAAGGGCACAGGAUGUGUUCCAAGAAGCAGAAGAAGAUGUGGUGGCUUAGUGCUGUCUCCCUGGCGCCUCAGUGCGAACAUCUGGACAGCUACCUGGACCAGUAUGAGAUUGCUCUUAUCUCCUGGAGGGAUUCCGGAAACAACCUUUUCCAGCCGCUUCUUGCUUGUCAUCUGCCUCGGGGCAUCACUCCUGCCGUCUUGAGCACACAGACGCUGAGUCGUUUAGAUCGCCUCAGAAAGCUUGGGGCCAACAUCACCUUCCAUAGCCUGUCCUUCAUCGAUCGAAUGCAUGCCGUCCCAAAGAUGAAGAAGCAGACGGUUGACGUGGAGUGUAUAGCCGGCACGUACAUGCGACUUGACAUUCCGCAGAUCUUGGACAACGCCAUGGCCUUGCAAGGCGAUGCGGGCAUGCAGUACGAUGCACGCCACAUCCUCUACACGGACAUGGACAUCAUGUGGUGGCGCAAGGUGAGUCCGGCGGAGCUGCUGGACUCGGUCCGGUCCACGGUCUUUGCCGCCGCCUACUCCUCGCAGCUGAAGAAGUUCGAGGGGGCCAGGAAUGCCGGAGUAAUACUUUUUGACCUGCCAAUCUACCGCAUGGUCCAGCCGAGAUUGCUGGCGUGGGCAUUUGCAAAAGAUCCGGCGAAUGGAGGCAUCCAGAUGAGCGAAAAGCUGAUGUCGAGCCAAGACCAAGGCCUUCUGAACAGCUUCUUCGAUCAGAACCCGGGCCGGGCCUUCUUGAAGGACAAGUGGAACUACAAGAUGUUCUGGUCAGGCUCCAACGAGACGGCCAUUGUACACUAUUGGGCUGUGAAGCCUUCAGACGGUUUACGCUGCUUCUUGCGGGAACGCUCUCAGGAGAACUGUGGGGAGAUCGAUGCGGGCCUCAUUCCCAAGAAUAAGCAGAACUUCCAGACCGAAGCUUUGGCCAUCGCCCUCAGCGUGGAUGAGAACAUGACCUUCCUCCAGGAGUCCCUGGCGAAAUUCGACCGCUUCAGCGCGCUCCGUGAUUUGGCUUUCACACAGUGA